AUGCGAGGUUUCAUAAUUCAAAAGGGAUAGCGGUUAACAGUAAUAAAUAUUUGUUUAAAGAUUAAAUGGACCAGUGUUGUUCAACACUAGAUAGUUCAUCUAAAGUUGUAAUCAAGGACGAAUUAGACAUUGACUGUGAAGAGUAUGAUCAUGACGAAAGAGGAGAAAUUAAAAUUAAACAGGAAUCUCAUUCCUCAAAGUCUAGUUCUGAUGCUGAAUAUGACAACGGUGAUGCAAAGGAUGGAGAGGAUCAUUUUAUCAUUGAUGAUUAUGAUAAACGUUGUUGUGUAUGGCUGAAGGAAAAACCGACACCUCAUUUAAUGCAAGAGCCUAUUGUUCCCAUACUUUCACUUCCUGAAGGUACUGAAAUCAUUGAAGUGAAACCAGCCAGCUGUACGACGAGAUCCAUGAGGCUUCAGCAGAAAAAUGAAGACAUAAAAGUUUCCAGCAAUUCAAAAGAUUUGUAUAAAAGAGAGAGAAAGACUAUUAGAAAUGAAUUCGAAGCCUUGAGGAUCAUUUGGACAUCGAAACUACAAAGACUUAAAGAUACCCAGAGAGUAAUAGCAAAAGAUCUAAUAAAUGAAGUCUUGAAAAAGGGGUAUUUUAACGAAUUAACCACAGAAACAAUGUUAUAUAAUUCCAAAGUUUAAGCGUGUUCCUUGUAUAUUUUUUAGUUGUAUUAUUAUCCUAUUGUUAAAGUUUAUAUUUUUAUAAAAAUGAAAUAUUUUUAAAAUGCUGGAAAUUAUUACACAGUGAUGUAAUAAUUUGUAAUAAACAGGCUCUUUUUCUAUUUAGUAAUUGUUAACUAAUUCUAAGAUUAUAGAGUUCAGAGGAGAAUAAAGAAAAGUAAAUAUAUGCUUGGUGUAUGUGUUUAAUUUUUUUUUUUUCACAGCCAUGACACACAUUAAUAUUCACAUUACAAAAUAAACUAUCAAUAUAAAUGUACAAAAUCCAUACCAAGUCAUCAGUUAUGAUAUGUAAUUUUUUUUUUUAAAUUGUUUGAUAUAAUAUUUUUAACUGAGAUGAUUGUUCCGAUAUAACUUAUAAAAUGUAGCAUAAUUUAUUCACAAAAUUAAAGUAUGACUUAAUAUCUGUUAAUUAAUUUGUAAAAUAAUCAAAUACAAAAUAAUUUGCAAUGAGUGUAAUACGUUUUGGUGCUAUAAUGAAAAACAUAAUACAUGCUAAAUUGUCAAAUUACAAAGUAAAAUUAUAAUAAUAAGACAAAGUGUACCACAGUCAACCCAUAUUUAUUGAUAAAACUUACUCUAGCUUAGUUUGAACACUAAAAAUGAUCUGUCUUUGUUUGUAAAUUGAGCUUAUGAAAAUGGAAGUUGCGCGUAAGUUAAAAUUUCAAUAAUUUUAACUUGAUUGUAAAAAUACAAUCUAGGAGGCCUAACUGUUGACAGAAAAUAAGUGAACUAUAUCACAAACUCAAUAAUUCGCCAUUUUGUAAUACUUUAAAUUUUUUAUCAGCUUCAACAAAAAUUUUAUGUAUUGACUUGCAUAAUGGUGUUAAUCAUUUUCAAAAUGUUUAAAAUAAAUCAAAAAUAAACUUUAGACAAUCGGACUUCAUAAUUACUUUUAACUAAUCCUCAGAUCAAUUUGUGAUUAAAUAUAAAACUUAAAAAUUUAUCGCCAUAAUUCUUUAAAACUAUUUUUUUUUUCAAAAUGAAAAUGACUGAUUCAUACCACCAAGAUUGGUCAAUAUAUAAAACUCAACUUACAUCUAGUAAAACUAAGAAGAAAAACUCCAAACAUAAUCUUUAUGGUCAAUAAUUUUAACGACUAGAUUUUCUAAGACUAACAUCGAACAAAAUCAGUUAAUGUUGAAUUAUGAUUGCUUUUGUGUGAAUCUUUUAAGUGGCUUGAAAGACAACAAUGGAAAAACAUUUCUUCUAUAUGGGCUUCAAAGGUAAUCUUGAAAUUAUUUUGUAUUCCGGUAUAAUUUUUUUUUCUUCAAAAAGUGAAUACAACAUCGGAAACUGAUAUUAAAUCCAUUUAGAAGAUUUCUUUCAAAUUUUAAGCCAGAGUUAUCAUUAAUCAAAAAUAACAUGUACUGUGACUAAAUAAAAAAAUUAUUAUUUAUAAUAUAUUAUAAAAAAUUAUAAUAUAUUGUAACUAAAUCAAGAAUUAUUGUAAUACGUAUCAGGUAAUAGGGUCUUCUAAAAUCAAAAUAAUAUCAGUUUAUUAAUUUUUUUUUUCAAUGUUGUAACUGACUUUUUUAUUUAUUAAUUCUGAUUGAAAACCUAUCCGAAAAGGAAGAACCAAAAUAACAGUAAAAAAUGGAUUAUUUAUUAAAAAUAUAGUGUUAUGUUAAGCUUUUCUUUUCUUAUAAUUUCAUUGUGUAAUUUUUAAAUUAUUUUAAUAAUUUACCUUCAUAAUAAUUAAUAAUUAACCUUAGUGAAUGGCACCCCAUAUAAUCAGCAUAAUAUUAUAAUUGGCAUCAAGGAAUAUGCUCCUCUGAAGAUAAAGUAAUAUGAGCUCAUUAGUUAUUUUUUUUUUUUUUAUAAUUGGUCAGAAAUUUGAGGAAAAUUCCAGCCUAAACUAAAUCAUUACAUAGUGCAUACAAUCAAAUAAAACUAAUAUUAACUAUCCGAUACAUAUCAAUGCAUUUUUAAAAACAUUUAAUAAAACAUAAAUCUUAAUAUACAGUUUUUCAAUAAAAUGACUAAUGUCCGAUAAAGAAAAAACAAAAUGGGCGUAUAAAAAGCUUCUAUGCAUGCAUAUUGAGAAUACAAUAGAGACAGGAGUCCCUGUGCUUUUCAAUAAGAUGGUCCUUCAAGCUUGCUGGCAGCAUGGUUCUAUAAUUGCAAUGAGGACAACAGUUCUCGCUAACAGUCUUGUGGCUCGAUUUGAUAUGAUCCACAAGUGGCUCGAAUGCCUCUGUAGUAUAGUCGCAAUACAGACAAGAAUGUGAUUGCGAUACCCCUAAAUUGUAAACUGUAUGAGACUCCACAUCCACUUCUAAUUCUGACGGGUGUGCAGACUCGAGAUGAAGCAUCAGCUGGGAUAUAUCAUUCCAAAUGUUACCGCAGUAAUGACAGACGAAGAAUCGAUGGAAAGCAGAAUCUAACAACA